AUGACCUAUACUAUCGCUGCAACCAAAGACACUAUUCUGGCAUUGGAUGCUGUCAUCAAAUUGUUGUCGGUAUUAAAUCUCACUACCAAUGAUCGCACAGUUUUAGCUAAUGCUCUCCCCUCCGACAUCACCGAGCCUCAAGGUGAAGCUGAUGCUCAAGACACCGCUGACUCGCCAUCAGGCUCUUCGUCUGGCAAUGACAAAGAGCCGGCACAUAUUGAGUCUACCACUAGGGCAGUCGUUGAUUCCAAACCCACUGUUACUUUUGUGGUGACCGUCAUGGAUAAGGAUGUUGAUUUGGCUGAGGUGAAAGAUGUGAUGGCGGAGGGUUGUAUUCUUCACACUUACAGGCAUGUAUGCUUCAACAUCCUGGUUGCCAGUGAUGCUGCACCGCCUUUUUACUAUGUUACAAGGGGCCGCAAGAUUGGAGUGUUCUCAGGGUGGGGCAAUGUCAGUCCCAAGGUGUUGGGUGUGAGCCACGCCAUUUUUGCUAAGGUAGAGACUAUUGAUCAAGGCAUUGAGGCUCUCAUGGCUGCGAUUGAUGCUGGGACAGCUGCGCAGUGUUUGGUUGCGAAUUGA